UGUUGUUAAUGAGAAUAGGGAAUCAGUCAAGUGAAUCGAUGAAAUUCUUAUAAAGAUUGUCAAGCGUGACAUGCGAUCAUUUACGUACGUAAACGGAAAGAGAGUAGCAAUGGAAUCGCUUACGUCAAAAUCCCUGAAAAUAGCCGCCGUGGUGGCAUUUUAUUGGACAAUAUCUAUAUCUAUGGUAUUUUUAAACAAAUAUUUACUCAGUAGUAAGGACUUAAAGCUAAAUGCCCCAUUCUUCAUCACAUGGUUUCAAUGUGUUGUGAGUGUAUUAUUGAUUGCAUUCUUUAGUUUUCUGGCUGGUGUUAUUCCAAAUAUAGUGAAAGUACCUCCUUUUAAAAUUGAUCCUGCUAUUAUCAGAGGCGUAUUGCCAUUAUCAUUAGUCUUUGUGUCUAUGAUAUCUUUUAACAACCUUUGUUUAAAAUAUGUAGGCGUGGCUUUCUAUUACAUCGGCAGAUCAUUAACAACAGUAUUUAAUGUGGUAUUUACCUAUCUUAUGUUGGGUCAGUCUACAUCAGGAAAAGCUAUAGCAUGUUGUUUAGUUAUUAUUAGUGGAUUUUUAUUGGGUGUUAAUCAGGAAGGAGCUACAGGAUCUCUAUCUUUGAUGGGUGUUUUCUUUGGAAUGAUGGCCAGUGCUUGUGUAGCACUCAAUUCUAUCUUUACAAAGAAAGUUUUACCUCUAGUGGACAAUAAUGUCUGGAGAUUAUCUCUAUAUAAUAAUCUGAAUGCUUGUGUUUUAUUUGUGCCCCUUAUCGUUUUAUUUGGCGAGACUUCAGAAGUCUAUAAUUUUCCCCUAAUCUCAAGUUCAUAUUUUUGGUGUAUGAUGACAGUGGCUGGAGUUUGUGGAUUUGGUAUUGGUUAUGCAACAGGUCUUCAAAUUCAGUUUACUUCACCUUUAACCCACAACAUAUCUGGAACCGCCAAGGCUUGUGCACAGACUGUUAUAGCUUGUAUAGCUUUUAGUGAAGUCAAGCCAUUUUUAUGGUGGAUUAGUAAUAUGGUUGUACUGUUCGGAUCAAGCGCUUAUACAGAAGUUAAACGUCGAGAAAUGAAACAGCAACAUGAAUUGGACCAAGUUAAAUCGGUGGAAAAACCCAAGGAUGAGGAGGACGGUCCUCUUCUGCCACAGAAGGUGUGAUCACAUUUAUAUCAUCUUACAUAAUAAUAUGAUUCAUGUAAAAAUCCUAUAUAUUUUAGAAUUGGUGCAUAAUAUCAUUUUAUUCAUUUCGAUAUUGACCGGUAUCAAUUCAGUAUCAAUGAUAUGACAAAAGUGGGUGAUUAUUUUUUUUAUUUGAAAUUGUUCCAAAUAAUUUCAUUAUUAUAAAGGGAAAAACCAAUCGAUCAGGUGAAUUAAAACUUUUUUCUGAUUUUAAUGGAAUCUACCUGGAGCUAUUUACAAAUAGAUUAAAAGCCAAUGUAUUUAUUAGAUUUAUUUUGAUUUGCUUUGCUUGCUAUUACAGAGAAUUUUAUUAUAAAUAAAUCUGAAAUAAUUAAUUUCAUGUGGGUUCAUAUAAAAUGUAUGUUAUCGUGGUAAGAUGGCAAAAAAGUUACUUAUAUACAGUAAUACCAUUUUUUGGGGGCAAAUCAAUUAUUAAAUAUUCAAUUUGUAAUCACAUAUUAAACCAUAAUUUAUGUUAAUUUAAAACAAAGAUUCACUCCCAUUAGUCUGAUGCAUUAAAAGUUAACCAGAAAAAUAUGUUAUUCUACUGGCACUGCCAUUGAUCUUGCACCAUGUUUAGAACUAAGAGAGAGCUAAUUGACAGCGUAAUGAUUGUAUUUUGCAGGUAGAAUUACUGUUGAGUAUUUACAAAUUAAAUGUAUAUUAUGAUUUAUGAAUAAUAGAAGCAAUUUGUUCACCAUCUAUAAACAUAUAGAUUGCUUUUAGUUUUCAGACAAGAUAAGAAAGUGUAGGUAAUGUAGGUAUGUCCUAUAGCCAAGUGUUGUUUGUAUUUGGAAUUUUGGUUAUCUUCAGCUAUUUCUAUCUGAUGGUUUCAGGCUUGGGAUAAAAUUAUGUAAUCACAUUUUUCACUUGUUCAUUGGUAAUUUUGCAGAAAAGUAGGAUGUUAAACUCCAUUUUAUUCAUUCAUUCAUUGGUAAUUUAUCUUUUAAUCCUGUAAAAUUUUGUAUUUUAACAGAGAAUGCCAUACUGACAAUUUAUAUAUAAUAGUGUACUGCUUCAGUUCCUUCAUUUAAUUUACAGCUGAGUGUUUGGUUUACAAUGUUUGUUAUCGUAAACUGGGAUUUUACAUGGUGUGUUUUAUAAUGAUAUAUGUAAUUUAUUGAACUUUGAUUCACGAUAAGUUAAAUUUAAAUCACGAUAAGUUAAAUUUAAAUCACGAUAAGUGAAAUUUAAAUCACGAUAAGUGAAAUUUAAAUCACGAUAAGUGAAAUUUAAAUCACGUUAAAUUUAAAUCACGAUAAGUUAAAUUUAAAUCACGAUAAUUUAAAUUUAAAUUCACAUAUCUAACACCAUUUUGCAUAUCAUUUUUAUGAGAUGCUUUUUUCACUACAGAAUUGACCAUCAAUGUAUUAUUGUAACACAUGACAUGUGUAAUUCAUUGCCCCUCAUCUGCUUUUAAAAAUAGUGUAAAUUUUUGACUCUCUCGCACACUCUCUAACCAGGUUCGUUCCCGGUGUCGGCCGAGAAAGAUUCUCAUGAUUUUCCUGGGACUCCAGUCAGAUUUUCCCUUGUCAGUGGGAAAAGCAUCUUGUAGUUCGGAUAGGACAAAAAACAGUCCUGUGUUCACCAUAUACAGCACUUCAAAGAUCUCCUGGACAGUUAGAAAUCUGUCAAGAAAGCUGUCAAAACAAUUUCCUCACAGCUCACUAAAUGGCAUAUACCCCCCUGCCCCCCCCCCCCCUCCCAACACACACACACUAGCCCAAUUGAUGCAGAAAAAUAAGACCCUAAACCCCAUUUCAUUUUAUCAUAAAUUAUUGUGUGAAAGAGUUGCACAUACCUUAAAUGUUAGGAAGACAACAUAACAUUUGUUCAUGUUUACUAGAAAUGUAGAUUCAUCCAAUGUAUCCUAGUUAACUCAUGUUCGAAUCACUUUCCUUGCUUUACAUUCAAAGAUUAUUACAUCAUUAUCUCAGAAUAAAUGUAAAUAGUGUCAGUGAGAUACAUCCCUAGAAAUAUUUAUAUUGAAUGCCUACACUGGUGAAAAUUGAUAUAUCUGUCGUCAGUUUUUGUUUUCUUUCUUCGCCAACCUGUCAUGUAUUCACUUCUUUGUGUGAAUGCAAUAACCACAUUUUUCUGCUUUCCACUAAAAUGCCAUAUUAUUGUUUUUCAUUAACUAUGUGAUAAUCCCUUCUGACCUCUGCUCAAGUUUUUGUAGUCUUGAUUAAUCAAGAUUCUCUAUCAUUUAUCGUAAUACAAAAGUAACCACAUAUAUGCCCCUAGUUUCCUACAUGUCUGCAGUAUAACCCCAUAUUGAAAUAGACAUUAGUGUCCUUCAGUACAUGUAGUACUACAUGUACUAAAAGACAUUAAUGUAAAUUUCAGAGGUAGUAGUACUACCAAUCUGAUUAAAACACAGAUCCUAUUUCGUUUCGUUUUUUAUAAUUUCAAAAUUUCAAUUUACUUGUCUAUACUUUACUAGGAUCUGGAAGAGUUGUUAUAUUACCGGCGUUCUGGUUGAAGUGAGGGAUUAGCCAAUGAAAUGGUCGGUUACGGCGAGUUCUUGGCGUUUGAUGCACGGAACUGUGGGUAAACCACUAGAAACAUUAACACUGAUUGAUUAAUCAAUGUCUAAUGUCAUAGAGUCAAAAGCCACUCGUAUGACCCCUGACACAACCUUCCAGUACAACCGGUUAGAUCUUCAUGUACAUGUAGUGUAGGCCAUAGAAAGUAUAAAAAAAACGAAACGAAAAAUAGACCUGUAUUUUAGUCAGAUUGUACUACUACUACAUAUAUUGAAAUCUUUCAGUCCCUACAUUCCCCAUAUUGCAACACUUCAUAUGCUACAUGUACCUGAAAAGAUAACACUUAUUUUACUUGUUUAUAAAAUAUUGUAUAUAAAAGAGGGAUUUGUAUUAUAUUUUGGAUAUUCCGUAUGUUGUUAUUUUUAUGUGACAAUUGUUAGCUUAUAGAUAUAUUUUUGGUAUAAAUUAUAUUUAUUAUUCAUUUCUUGUUGUGUUUUUUCAUUGAUUUUACAUAAUUUUUACUUGAUUGUUACAUAAUUUAUAAUUUGGCAUUUAUUAUUUUUUAAAAAGGGGGAAAUAUAAAAGAUGUUAGCAGUAGAAUACCUAAAAGUUUGGUGACACAUUUUAAUGGUCACCUCCUUUAUGUGGGGAAAAUGUUUUUAGAUAUUUUAGAUCUAUGGUUCAAGGUUCUAUAAAUUGUGGGGGUGCAGUCAGAUAAGGGUGGAGGGGAUUCUUAAAAAAGGCUGCAACUUCUUUUGGGCAGUGUUUUUUUUUUAAUUAUAUAAAAAGUUUACAACCCCUUGUCAGAAAUUUCAUAGCAUCACUAAUUCAGUUAUAUAUGGAAUGUACAGCACGAUAGUUACAUUGCCAACUACAUUCACAAUGACUCAGAUUCUUCACCGGUUUAAAUUUUUAUUAGAAAAAUUCAUGAUUCCAGAAAGUGCAACACUCUACAUUCCCAUUUCAAUACACUGAUGGUUUUUCUUUCAUUAAGCCAAUAAUUGAAUCGAAUACAAGAGGCAAUGUAUUUAUUAUUGAUGGAUUUGCUGAAAUCUCAGGAUCUUAUUCUUAGAGUAAAUGCAUCUCGAUAAUGGAAUAACUUGUUAUCCGUGUUUCAAUGGACAAGUAUAAAAGAUGAUAGAAAUCCAAUCGGAUUAAAAUACAGAUCUAUAUUUCGUUUCGUUGUUUUUUAUACUUCCGGUGGCGUCUACUACAUGAAGGUCUGACCGGUUGUAGUGGAAGGUCCCAUCAGAGGUCAUAUGAGCGGCUUUUGACCCUACGACGUCAGACAUUUGAUUAACCAAUCAGCGUUGAUGUUUCUAGUGGGUUACCCACAGUUCCGUGCACCUCACACCAGAAUGUUUCAUUGACUAAUCCACCAUAUCGUCCACAACGCGGGUUAUAUAACAACUCUUCCAGAUCCUAGUAUAGUAAAGACAAGUAAAAUGAAAUUUUGAACUAGAAAAAACAAAAUGAAAUAGGAUCUGUGUUUUAAUCAGAUUGAUAGAAAUCUAUGCUUCGUUUGAAAAUUCUGUGUUCACAAAAUGCUAACCUCGUAUUUAUAAAUGUAUAUAGGCAAGAAGAUAAAACCUGACAAGUCAUACUUCAGGCCAUCUUCAAUAGAAGGCUUGAUCCUGCUUUAACUCUGUACAUGCUAGAUGUUGUAAAACUCAGGGUCGUUGCUUCAGGAACAGGACUUCAUGCUAACAUUACCGAUGUGGAUGUGAAUUAACUCCUUUUCACUUAUAAUUUAUGUCUCUUAUUUUUAAAAUUAUGAUUAGAAAUUAUAUUUUUAAUUGUUAUGUAUCUACUAUAUGUAUCUAUUAAUUUGUAAAUGCACUGAAGAAGCAUUAUUGAUUUAAUGUAUUGUUAUAGUAUCAAUGUACACACAUUUACAUUUACGAAAAAAGUUAAUACAUGUAUAUAUUCCCUUUUUGAUUUAUCACUACUUAAAUGUUUUUAUGUAAAGUUUCCAACCUCGACUCAAACACUUUCUACACUUGUGUAAAUUAGCCAUGUUGGAGGGAAAAUUAUCCUGUCUAUUAGCAAGAUUCAAAAUAGAAGAAAUAAGAUUUUUUAAGCAUAAAUUAUUGAAGCAAACUGUUGAGGGGAGAUAUAAUAGUUUUAAUUAUUCUAUGCUAAUAGCACUCACUAUUCAAUGCCAUCUGGAAAUCUCAUGGCCUCAUGUUAAUCUGAUCAGAAAUAGCCAUUGAACGAGUUAGUUAGUAGAGAUUGCUAGCUUUGUGCAAGAGAUUGGUACCAUUUAUUAAAGAGCCAAUCCCGAUAAUAUUUUUGAGAAUAAAACUGUUUAAUUUUGUGUUAAAAUCCCUUAAAAUCGUCUACCUUAGAAUCGAGCAACUAACUCAAUAUAUGUGAUACAUUUUUAAACAACUUAAACCCGUCAGUCUUCAUUUGUAAAUGGAGACGGCGCCCCAAGCUGUAUGAUGCGGUGAAUGGAUAAAACCAGACUUUUAUUUUAUAAAAAUAAUGUAUAGGUGAAAUUUACCUUUCGUUAUUAAGUACAGCACGUGGGUCAUGCACUGUACAGACCUCUAAAGGAACGAGAAUCGAUUAUCAGGUCACCCAACGAAAAAAUUGACCCGAAAUCUUAAAAGAGUAACAUGUCUGGAUAAGCAGUUUUGAUGUUCACGUCCAAACGACUCAAUAUUAAGAGCUAAAAAUUUCAUACGUCCUCAGACUUUUAUUUUUGAGACUCUGUUCAAAUCGGGAUAGUCCCAUUACGAAUUGAUCAUAUUAGUUUGCUUUAAAUUUUUGGGUAAAUACAUACAAUAUUUUAACCCUCAUACUUGCGUGUCUGACAGUUGAAAUGAUCAAAGCCAUAAUUACUGAUUUUAUCCUGUCAGCCAAGCAGAUUGUAUUUAUCAGCUAAAUAGAAAUAUGCCCGAAGGAGUAACCUGCUUAAUUCACUUUAUAUUUUAUGAGAGAACCCUAGUAAUUACCUGAUAAUAAAUAUUAUAUAACUUAUCACAGUGUUUAAAGCACGGAUUGUCUCUUUGAUGUUAUUGUAAUGAUUUUAAGUCAAUUUUGAGUAUUAUGUAACUAUGCCUAAUUUAUCAUAUUGCUUUGAAUAGACUAGUUAUUUAAAAGAAUGUAGCCUUUAGGCUAAUAAUCUAUUGUCUUAAAUUUCAUUUUGUGGCAUAUUUUUUGAAUACCCUUUCCAUAACUAUAUUCACAAUCCUUGCUAUAUAUCAAGAUUUGACUUUUAUCAAAUGAUGUCACGGUAAUGCUUUUGCUCCUUUAGACAUUUUUCGGUUUGGUAUUCUAGAAAAAUGGAAGAAUUUAUGUGAGUGUUGUGAAGUCAGUUUGUUUCCAUGAAUGUAUUUUCGAAGAUGUAUGACUCAAAUCAUAUCUUAAUUGGGGGAAUUUGUGAAAUUUGCGCUGUGUGAUUUAAAGUUUUAUAUAAAGAGGGUUAAAAUCAAAA